AUGACAGAAUGGAUGAUGUUACCUAUUCGUGUCGUAUGGUUUGCACCGUUUUUACAAUUUAUUGGUGGUGGUGAAAAAACCGCCUCCGCAAUAUUUUAUGCUAUUAUCUCAGAUGUCACUACGCAAAGCGAAAGGUAUUGA